GCGUAUCCUGUUGCAUUUAUUCGUUGCUCUCUUGACAGGAUUCAAGCAGUCGAAAAGUUGAUCUCGAGAGCCAACAACAAAUAGUGGAUGUCAGUCUCGGGCGUAGGGUAGGCUAUACAAAGAGCGUUGAGCAACCAAAUUUGUAUGCAAACAGAGCAUGCUGCUUCUCAUAAUAGUCUAACGAAAAGAAGUACAAGUUAGCUUUGAACCAAUAUAAUUUACGUCGACUCCACCGGAUUUAUUCAACUUGGUCACACCAAUGGAUUUUAGAGUUGUUGCAGUUUGUUUCGUUGUGGCUGUCGUGAGACAAGUCAGCUCAUCCCUCGGCAACGGUGAUGAGGAAAUGCGCCUCACCGCCCCCCACCAGAACUACGUCUGCCCGGAGGGUGCCAAUGUCACGCUGGUGUGCGAGCAGCACGGCCACCACCAGGGCGAGAUCCGCACCUGGCUCUACACCCCGCACCUGGACCGCAAAUGCCAUGGGGGGCAGCGCCCGCGUGGGGGGCGCACGCCCCACACCAACCGCUCGCUGCCUGCCUCCGAGGUCGCCGUGUACUUGGAGGAUACACAGCGGGUCAUGCUCAGCUUGACGGCGGUGAAGAUGGGGGACCAGGGUCGCUACUGCUGCCUGGUGGGGCAGAAGCACCACAAGGGCACCCUGCACAGCCACGUGCUGCUCACCGUCGGCCCACCCCGCAAGGGAGACCAGACCUGCACGGAGUGGAGCAACAACUCCAGUGAGGGCACCGUUACUGCAGGCUUUGCUACAGCUGCCUGCAUCAUGGCUUUCCUGUGCCUGCCUCUCAUUCUGGUGCUGGUGUACAGACAGAGGCAGACUGCCCAGUCAAACAGACGUGCACAUGAGCUUGUUCGAAUGGACAGUGAGGCUCAGGGCCACGACAACCCCGUGUUUUUAGGGGGCUCCCCCCAGGCCAAGCCCCGCACGGUGUCUCAGAUUAUGACCCGCCAGUCUUCAGAGACGGGGCGCCACCUGCUGUCGGACCCGGGCACCCCGCUGACCCCCAUCUACGGAGACGUCUUCUUCCCGUCACAAGAGCCUAUCCCAGAGUCACCCGACUUCCUGCAAGUAUAGCCUGGAGGAACUUUGACCUGUGAUCUGGAAACGCCUUGUGGAUUUCUCUUCUUCCUCACUCUCUCACACACAGUUUCACCACUCCCCAAAACCUGUUCCACUGGAUCACUGUGUGUGUGUGUGAGUGUGUGUGUGUGUGUGGGGGGUGGGCUGGGGUGGCUGGGGGGUCUCUAACCGCACUGCUUGUGGAUAAAUGGAAGGAGAAAAUAAACUCUCUCACACUUGUGACAACAACUGAAAGGCCAAAAGGGAACCUAUUUUCUCAGCAUGGUGGUGCACUAGGGGUUGCUUUGCCUGUGACACUCUUGUGAGACUGGUGGUGUACAGAUGUCUGGUGAUUUGCCAUCCAAAACAUUCCAGAGACGGGGGACAUGGAGAUGAGUGUGAGAGUGGAGGUCUAACAACCUGUCUGUCUGAAGGGUCACAUCAGAUUUUCAAGUGUCUCUGGAUUUUUCCCACUUCACCGUACCUGUCGCUCUGCUGCUUAACACUUGGACAUGUCGCCUUUCUGGCUACUGGCUCAUGCACUUACCCUUGCCCUCCCCUUACGGUUAUGUUAGCUGCAAUGCUAACUGGUGCUGAUGUUCAUGUUUGUUCAGCGUUACCCUUAAAAGAUCAAUGUGUAAUAUGAGUGGUGAGAUUACGAAUAUAUUUUAACUGUACAUAACACAGAGAUUAUUUUAGAUAUAUAGAGUAUGUGCUGACUCUGGGCAUCUGUAGUUGUUUGAAGACAGAGCUCUCUUUGUGUUUGUGCAAGUAUGUAAAAAUGCACCCAGCAGUUGAAGUAGACGUCUAUGGAAAAAAAUAAUUAUUUAACAAAAUCUCCUACAAUUGCUUUGUAAUUUGUUAAAACGCACAUAUGAAAACAUGCAUGACAGCAUUCAUGGUUUCAGACAACUACCAGAUGUGAAGAGUCCCAUAUCAAAUCCCAUAUUUGGUUUGCCACUGUCUCUUUCUACAGUUAAUGCAAUCGUCCUUUCUUGCAUUUCUGCAAACGUUGUUGAAGAACUACCAUUGUUGGAUAAUAGAACUUUGAACACUCUCGUAGUUACCAUGGUGGUUGCUCAACAACACUAUAUGCAAACAGUCUUUAUCAGUCUGGUUCUCAGUUUCCUCCAUUUGCUUGCUCUGUUUCAUCAUGAUGAAGGCAAGAGCCCUUUUUUUUCAGACAUUUCUGCAUUCCUUUCAGAUCAGUUAUGCUACCUCACUUCUUCUCAUUGCACAGACCCACAAUCCAACCUCUACUGUUUCAGGAUCAGACUGUCAACUCUGGGGGCUCUCUGUAUAGAAAUAUGUAAAAAAAAAAAAAAACAUUGUUGGUAAGGACUAAUGCAAAAAAGCCCUCACAACUCCCUGUAUGCUGAGGAACUAUCUUAUGUAGCAGGCGUGUGCUUGACUAUAGCGUAAUUGUGUGAGGGUGACUUUUUAAUUAGUCCCACAGUGGUCACUGCCAAAACAGACUUCCAUUUAAUUAAAUCCUUAGCUUUACCAGACAUUCCGUUCUUGGAAAUUUAAAUUUUACAUUUCAAUGAUGUGUGUUAAAGUUUUUUUUUCUAGAGGCUUGUGUGUGUGCGUGCAUGUUUCUGUGUGUGUGUGUGUGUGUGUGUGUGUAAGAGAAGUCUCAUAUCAUGGUCUUACAGCUCACCACCACCACAAAGAUGUUGAACCUUAUGGUAAAUGGUUUUGAAUGGCUUGAAGUCUCUCUGAAGGAUACGGGACCCACUGCUCCUUCUUGAGCAUGGACCCAGAACUGGAUAAAACAAAGGACAAAUUCAGAGAACUUCAAAGGAAUAUUCAAUUCCUCUUAAAAGUAAAAAUUGCUGUUGGAUUCAGUAGAAUGUGAAAGUCACUUGUUAAUAACCAUUUGGGAGACAGAAAAUGUGGUAAUGUGUGUUUAUGGUUAUAAAGAGGCUUUAACUCACACACAAAUCAUACCUUGCUAUGUACAUAAAAUAUUUCAUGUUUCUGUUUUAUAAAAUAAAAAUAUAUUUCAAAUCCAA